AUGAAGUACCGGCAGGGCCAGGAGGUCCCUGUUUUCCCUGAGGACCUGGCAGUCCCCUCUCUCCCUGAGGACCUGGCAGUCCCCGCUCUCCCUGAGGACCUGCCGGGCCUUGAGCCCCAGGAUGCCCCUCCUGCAUUCCCUGGUGGUCCUGCAUUGCCUGGUGGUCCUGCAUUGCCUGGUGGUCCUGUAUUGCCUGGUGGUCCUGCAUUGCCUGGUGGUCCUGCAUUGCCUGGUGGUCCUGUAUUGCCUGGUGGUCCUGCAUUGCCUGGUGGUCCUGCAUUGCCUGGUGGUCCUGCAUUGCCUGGUGGUCCUGUAUUGCCUGGCGGUCCUGCAUUGCCUGGUGGUCCUGUAUUGCCUGGCGGUCCUGCAUUGCCUGGUGGUCCUGCGUUGCCUGGUGGUCCCUGA